GCCCGCUGUCAAUGUCCAACUUGCAAUCAGGGAGGUGUAAAAGGCUGGCAGCGGCAAGGGACAGCAUUCAUCUUGUUGGCGAAGCACCGGGAGGCGCAAACAUGGAAAAAGAUGCUCGACCCAACUGGGACAGUCCCAUGCAGUUCGUGUUGGCCUGCGUUUCGUACGCGGUCGGGCUGGGGAACGUGUGGCGCUUCCCGUACCUGUGCCAGAUGCACGGCGGAGGGAGUUUCUUGAUUCCGUAUCUGCUGAUGCUGUUUGUAGAGGGUGUGCCGUUGUUCUACAUGGAGCUCGCCGUUGGUCAGAAGAUGCGCUUGGGAAGCAUCGGGGCUUGGCACGCAAUUAGCCCGUAUUUGGGUGGAGUGGGACUUGCUAGUGUUGUGGCAUCCCUGUAUAUUUGCCUCUACUACAACAUCAUCAAUGCAUGGAGUUUCUGGUACCUCUUUAAUUCAUUUCAAUCUGUCCUGCCUUGGUCACAGUGUCCUGUUAAUGCCAACUUGACAGGACCCGUAGAAGAGUGCCAAAAGGCUUCUUCCACGCAGUACUUCUUUUUCAGGGAAACACUGAACAUUUCCCCUAUGAUUGAAGACACCGGAGGCAUGCAGACAAGCCAGGUUUUGUGCCUCCUGCUUGCCUGGGCGAUCACCUACCUGUUCAUUAUACACGGAGUAAAGUCAUCAGGGAAGGUGGUUUACUUCACUGCCACAUUUCCCUACGUGGUCCUCAUCAUCUACCUGGUCAGGGGUUUAACUCUUCCUGGCGCCAUCAAUGGUAUCAAAUACAUGUUCACCCCCAAGCUGCAAGAACUGGCCAACCCGCUGACGUGGAUCAACGCCGCCACUCAGAUCUUUUAUUCCCUGGGGUUGGGCUUCGGGUCGCUCAUAGCGUUUUCCAGCUACAACGAGUACCACAACAACUUUGAGCACCAAGCCGUCAUUGUCGCCCUCAUCAACAGCGGAACUUCCAUCUUCGCUUCCAUCGUCACUUUUUCCAUCUACGGGUUCAAAGCCACAGUGAACUAUGAGAACUGCCUGGAGAGGACACGUAUAUUGCUGCUGAAUGCCUUUGACCUUGCAGAGGAGACUAUCAGCAUAAACAAUGUGUUCGACUGGGUUAUCAAACUCAAUGCAUCACACCCAGAGCAGUUUGCUGAACUUGGCAAUAAACUGGAAGGCUGUGACCUGACGACUGAACUAGAUACGGCAGUGGAAGGGGUUGGUCUCGCCUUCAUUUUGUACACUGAAGCCAUUCAAAACAUGCCACUGCCUCAGAUAUGGUCAGUGCUGUAUUUUUCAAUGCUGCUGCUUCUGGGCAUGGGCAGCAUGCUGGGCAACAUCACUGCCAUCACCACCCCGCUACGAGACUUUAAGUUCCUGGCUGGCGUCCGCAACGAGGUGCUAAAUGGUACGGUGUGUCUGGUGUUGAUGCUGCUCGGCCUGGGCUUCACCACCCCUUCAGGGAAUUACUGGUUUAGCAUGUUCAAUGACUACGGCACCUCCUUCUCCCUCCUCUUCGUGGUCCUCAUUGAGAUCAUCAUCGUCAGUUACAUCUACGGAAUUAAAAGGUUUGAAAAGGACAUAGAAGACAUGCUAGGCCACCGGCCCAACUGGUUCUUGAAGAUCAUGUGGGUGGCAGUCAGUCCCCUUAUCCUCAUUGCCAUCUUCAUCUUCUACAUUGUCAACUACAUCAGAGGAGGGGCACCCACCUACCAAGCAUGGGACAAGGAGCUGGGAAAGACGGUGCUGACCAGCUAUCCCGUCUUCGGGCAAGUCUUCAUUGGCUUGCUGCUGGUGUCUGCCGUGAGCUGUGUUCCUCUUACGGCUCUGCACGUGUUCUGCAAGACCAGAAAACACAAAUACAUGAAAGACGAGGUCAGGACUGAAUGUGCGUCGCCUGCCCAGAUUACGGUGACACAGUAGAGCCCCGCUAUUCCCGAAGCGCCGGCGAAAGGUGGAAACUGAGAUGAGUAACUGAUACGGCCAUAAAAAAUUUAAAAGUCUAUUUUUGACAUGCGGCUCGCUCCUCCCCCAUCAAGCCUUCCUGCUACGUUGACGUUGGCGUUCUCCGAUCAACAUUUGCAAUAAAAGUGAGUGUUGUAAUUGUUAGAUUAGAUUCAGAUUCAUUGUUCACUCGCGACAUGAUCCAGUUUUAGUCCUUAAAUAGUCCUCAUGCACUUAUGAAACACAUUUAAAGUACAAAAUGAAUAAAUACUCACCGCUAAUGGACGACGUGAGGCCAGAGGGACUAGAAUGUUGUGCCUCCUAGCCAAACCAAUUUUAACGAUGGUGCAUUCAAAGACUGCAGGAGAAAGUGUGAAAUCUCAGCGCUUGAGGAAAAAAUUUUCUCAGUGAAGCAUGAAGACAUAAACAUGUGAAAAUGGUGGGGUGGGGGGGUUUAACAGUGGUAUGCUGUACAUCAGGGGUGUCCAAAGUGUGGCCCGGGUGCCAUUUGCAGCCUGCCGCACAUUCUAAAAAUAUAACAAGAAAACCAAAAAAAAAAACCAACCAAAAAAUCCGUAAAAGUCGAGUCAAAAUAUGAAGACAAAAAAGUUGUAAUUUAAUGAGAAAAAGGAGAAUAACGCCGUAAUAUUAUGUGAAAAUUUUGGUUGCAUAGAGUUGGAAUAAUAAAGAAAAAAUAUUUUUUUUUCAAGUCAUAAUAUUAUGAAAAACAAACAAAACAAGGACUAAAGUUAAAAUACGUUUAAAAUUAAGUUGUGGAAAAAGUUCUAAUGUUACAAGAAUAAAGUCGUUAUUAUGAGAAGAACAUUCACAAGAGGAAAUAGUUGGAAAAUUUAAAAAAAAAGUGAAAAUAUCGAGAGAAAAGGUUGUAUUCUAACAAGAAAAAAAAGCUAUUUUAUGACAAUAAACUCAUAAUAUGAUGAGGAAAAAUAAUGUCAUUUUAGUAGCAUAGUGUUGAAAUGAAGAAAAAUAUGUUAUUUUUUUAAAGUUGCAAUAUUAUGAGAAACAAAAAAAAAAUUAAAUUAGGUUGAAAAAGAAAAAUUCCAAAGUUUGAGAAGAAAGUUGAAAUAUUUUAUAUAAUAUAUACAGUAUAUGUCAGCUGGGAUAAGCUCCAGCAUACCCGCAACCCUCGUGAGGAUAAGCAGCAUAGAAGGUGGACGGAUGGAUGGGUUAGGAGUUACAUUUGACAAGAAUAAACUGGUAACAUUAUGAGGAAAAAUAAUGUCGUUUUAGUAGCAUAGACUUGAAAUACUAAAGAAAUGAUAGGGUAUGUUUUUAAAGUCCAAAUGUUACGAGAAACACAUUUUCUGCAUUUUUAUUUCAACAAAUAAAGUUGUAAUUUUAGGAAAAUUAGUUUGAGGAAAAAGGUUAAAUACUGUGGGGAAUAAAAUCAUGUUACGAGAAAAAAAAAGUAUGACGUUUAUGUAAGUAGAAAAGCUGAAAUAUUUGGAACGACGGCAAAAAUGAGGAAAAAGAGCCAAGAGUGAAGUGGAUUGGAAGUGGACUAAUGAGGCUUUUUCACCGAUACGACAAAGCUGAACCGCAUGACUGGUAUACUCCUCCUGUUCCGAUCGCAUUGCAAAUGUAUCGUUCAGACCACUGAAGAGAACACGUUCAGGGGGACGACAGACAAAGAGAGAGAAGACGGCUUCAAUAACUGAUCGGAGUCUGAGUGGGGGAUGUCGAGGAAGGGUUUGGGGAGGAGAAGGCAUCAGAAUGUAGCCACUGAUGGUGAGAGCAUCCACUUCAUGGCCUGUUUCUGUAGUGCAGGAUGGGCCAGAUGGUCAGCUGGUGCAGGAAUAGCAGGGCUGUAGUUGUCAGAACCAACUGAAGAACCUUGGCACUGGAUGUAGAGCCGAGUGGGAGAACCUGGGCAUGGACAGAGAGAAGAGAGGGCGAGACAUACCAGCAGACACAGCAAGAACUGUGGUAAAAGUUAUGACGCCUCCGUUUACUGUCAUUAGUGUCAUAAAAAUAUAACAGCAAAGGCAGAAACAUUGCUGAUAACAAUAAUACGAAUAACAUUAAGUACCAAACAAUGAAAGGAUGUUGGAAACAGACCAUGCAUGCAUGCUAGUGUGUGUGAUUAAGGGUUAGAAUUUGUCGCUUGGAGCCGCCCCCCCCCUGGAGGGACCAGUCCAGACCAUCCCAGCCCUCCAAGCCCCCCAAGGGCGCAGGAGACCCGCGGAAACCCCACCCCCUGGCAGCCCGACACCCAACCCACCGAGGAAUCCACAGCGGAGCACGAGGACGCCCACCCCUCCACCGGCGCAGCCCCCCCCAGGAACGUGAAGGGGGGGGCCACCAAACGCCAUGCCCAGGAGGCCCCCCCCCCCAGCCAGCGACACCCACAAAACCCCUGCGGGCAGACCACCGCGUGCCCCAGAGGCCAAGGCCCUGCCACAGGCACCCUCAGGGGAGGAGACAGUGAGAUGAGAUGAGUUAUAUGAGAAACAAAACAAUGAAUGUUGCAAUUUUUGGAAAAUUAGGUUGCAGAGAAAGUUGUAAUGUUACGAGAAUUACGAGAAAAAAAAAUAUUAUGUUGUGGAAAAAGUUAAGAGACAAUAAAAAUAUUAUGGGUGUAAAAUCAUAAUUAAAAGGAAAACAUUUACAAGAAGGCUGAAGUAGUUGGGAAACAAAGCAGAAAUGGAAAAAAAACAGCUGCAAUUUAACGAUAAUAAAGUCAAAAUAUUAAGAGAUAAAAGUGAUGUUGUAAUGACAAAAAAAGUCACCAUUUUACAACAAUAAUAUUUACAAAGAUCACUUAAGAAAGUUGAAAUAUUUGGAAAUAAUUUUUUUUAAAACAAGCAAAAAUGGGGGAAAAGGAGCAAAGAGUGAAGUUGAUAUAAUAAUGUACUUUUUCACCUGAAUGACAAAACAGAUGAAAUAUCAUUUGUUAGCAUAUGUACAUGUGUUGCUUUAUAUAUACAGUAUAAAUAAUAUACAUCAUUUGUUAGCAUAUGUACAUGUGUUGCUUUAUAUAUAUAUAAAUAAUAUAUAUCAUUUGUUAGCAUAUGUACAUGUGUUGCUUUAUAUAUAUAAAUAAUAUAUAUCAUUUGUUAGCAUAUCUACAUGUGUUGCUUUAUAUAAAUAAAUAAUAUAUAUCAUUUGUUAGCAUAUGUACAUGUGUUGCUUUAUAUAAAUAAAUAAUAUAUAUCAUUUGUUAGCAUAUGUACAUGUGUUGCUUUAUAUAUAUAAAUAUAUAUCAUUUGUUAGCAUAUCUACCUGUGUUGCUUUAUAUAUAUAUAAAUAAUAUAUAUCAUUUGUUAGCAUAUGUACAUGUGUUGCUUUAUAUAUAUAUAAAUAAUAUACAUCAUUUGUUAGCAUAUGUACAUGUGUUGCUUUAUAUAUAUAAAUAAUAUACAUCAUGUGUUAGCAUAUGUACAUGUGUUGCUUUAUAUAUAUAAAUAAUAUAUAUCAUUUGUUAGCAUAUGUACAUGUGUUGCUUUAUAUAUAUAAAUAAUAUAUAUCAUUUGUUAGCAUAUGUACAUGUGUUGCUUUAUAUAUAUAAAUAAUAUACAUCAUUUGUUAGCAUAUGUACAUGUGUUGCUUUAUAUAUAUAAAUAAUAUACAUCAUUUGUUAGCAUAUCUACACGUGUUGUUUUACUAAAUAUCAAAGUGGCAAAGGUGUGGCCCUCACUGGAAAACAUUUGGACACCCCUGCUUGAAAGCUUAAAAGUGGACCCAUUUGAAUUAAUAAGUAAUAGUAGUACCUCUGAUGUAUGGUACAUUUAUUUGGUAUAGUAUCAAAGAACACAAAAAUGGUAUUCGGCAUAAUUCUGCUCAUGUGUCCUGUAAAAUAUGUAUAUAUUGUACAUACGUGUCAUCUGUCUUAUAUAAUACACAAGGCUUAUAAAGUGUUGAGAAAAAGUGUUUGCCCCUUUCCUGAUUUCUUAUUUUUUGCACGUUUACAACACUUAAAUGUUUCAGAUCAUCAAACAAAUGUAAAUAUUAGUCAAUGACAACACAACUGAACACUUCAUGCAGUUUUUAAAUGAAACUUUUUAUUAUGAAGGGAGAAAACAAUCCAAAGCUACAUGUCCCUGUGUGAAAAAGUGAUUGCCCCCUAAAGCUAAUAACUGGUUGGCCCCCCUUAGCAGCAACAACUGCAAUCAAGCGUUUGUGAUAACUUGCAAUGAGUCUCUUACAGCGCUGUGGAGGAAUUUUGCAGAAUUGUUGUCAUUCAGCCACAUUGGAGGCUUUUCCAGCAUGAAGCACCAUUUUAAGGUCAUGCCACAGCAUCUCAAUAGGAUUGAUGGUGUGUUUUGGAUCAUCGUCCUGCUGCAGAACCCAAGUUGCUUUCAGCUUGAGGUCACCAACAGAUGGUCGGACAUUCUCCUUCAGCAGAAUUCAUGCUUCCAUUUAUCACAGCAAGUCUUCCAGGUCCUGAAGCAGCAAAACAGGCCCAGACCAUCACACUACCACCACCACAUUUUACUGUUGCUAUGAUGUUCUUUUUCUGAGAUGCCAGACGUAAUGGGACACACCUUCCACAAAGUUCAACUUUUGUCUGGUCAGACCACAGAGUAUUUUCCCAAAGGUCUUGAGGAUCAUCAAGAUGUUUUCUGCCAAAAUUGAGAUGAGCCUCAGCGUUCUUUUUGUUCAGCAGUGGUUUUGGUCUUGGAACUCCAUGCAAGCCGUUUUUGCCUAGUGUCUUUCUUAUGGUGGAGUCAUGAACACUGACCUUAAGUGAAGCAAGUGAGGCCUGCAGUUCUUUGGAUGUUGUUCCUCCUGAGAAGGUUCACCACUGUUCCAUAUUUUUGGCCAUUUGUGGAUAAUGGCUCUCACCGUGGUUGGCUGGAGUCCCAAUGCUUUAGAAAUGGUUUUAUAACCUUUUCCACACUGAUAGAUCUCAAUUCAUCUCAGUUAUGUUCGCAUUCAAAAGUGCAUCAAGUGUUCAGUUGUGUUGUCAUUGACUAAUAUUUACAUUUGUUUGAUGAUCUGAAACAUUUUUGUGUGACAAACAUGCAAAAAAAUAAGAAAUCAGGAAGGGGCAAACUUUUCACACCACUGUAUAUACACACACGCGCGCACAUGCGCACACACACACACGUAUCUACAUAAACUCUUUAUAUGCAUUUGCCAUAUGCAACUGUUUAGUUUUCUCAUUUGCCUUGAAUGUCCCGAAGUGUCACUGCUGUACUUUCACGUCAUGCAUGAGUGGUACUGUUACGCAACAAAGUCAUCAUUCUGUAAAAGUGACCGUGGAUAUGAAAUGUUGUCAU